CACGCACGGCCCGCAGCCCCCCGCAGGCGCCGCGCGGGCCGCAGCGCAGCGGCGUCGGAGAGGCGAGAAAGUGCAGAAGAGUGAGAAAAGGCAGUGAAGUGGACUGAAAAGUCGCGCAGGGACUGAAGCGCGCGUGAAUCCUUGUGCCUAUUCUUCGCGAAUAUGCGUGAAUAGCGGCGCGAGCGAUGAAGGAGAUGGUUGGAGGCUGCUGCGUGUGUUCCGACGAGCGGGGCUGGCCAGAGAACCCGCUCGUCUACUGCGACGGCCUGCACUGCAACGUGGCCGUGCACCAGGCCUGCUACGGCAUCGUGACCGUGCCCACGGGCCCGUGGUAUUGCCGCAAGUGCGAGAGCCAGGAGAGGAGCGCGCGCGUGCGCUGCGAGCUGUGUCCGUCGCGCGACGGCGCGCUCAAGAAGACGGACAACGCCAGCUGGGCGCACGUCGUGUGCGCGCUGUACAUCCCGGAGGUGCGCUUCGGCAACGUCACCACCAUGGAGCCCAUCAUCCUGCAGCUCAUUCCGGCCGAGCGCUACGCCAAGAAUUGCUACAUCUGCGAGGAGAUGGGCAAGGUGAGCCGCGCCACGAUGGGCGCGUGCAUGCAGUGCAACCGCACCGGCUGCCGCAUGCAGUUCCACGUGACGUGCGCCCAGACGCUCGGGCUGCUGUGCGAGGAGGCGGGCAACUACCUGGACAACGUGAAGUACUGCGGCUACUGCCAGCAUCACUACAGCAAACUCAAGAAGGGCGGCAACGUGAAGCCGAUCCCGCCGUACAAGCCCGUCACGCACGAGGCGGGCAGCAGUGACAGUCCGUCGUCGCCGGAGAAGGACGGCGAGGCCACCACGGCGGCAGCAGCGGCGGCAGCGGCGGCGGCGCAGAGUGGCGCCGCGCAGCCGAGCACGACCGCGAUUUCGGCGUCCGCGCUGCCCGCGGCGGCCGCCGCGACCAAGCAGCGCAAGUCCAGCUCGUCCGCCAAGGCGGUGGCGACCAGCGGAGCGGCGGCCGGCGCUGUGACGCCGGGCGGCGCGGCGGCGACGCCGCAAAUGGCGUCCGCGCUCUCGAGCGCCUCCGCCACGUCCGUGGCCAGCAGGAGCAUCAGCGCGGCGCCCGUGGCCGGCAAGAUGGGCUCCUCGGCGGCCGGCGGCGUCAAGGACAAGGACAAGCACAGCCGCGGCGCCGGCAAGGCGUCGGCGGCGAAGGAGAAGGACUUUCGCGACAAAACCAAGGCGUCGUCGAAGAAGGAUGACGCGAGUGUGGCCGCCAAGGCGGCGCCGGCCGGCGUGCUGGCCGCCGCGGCGGGCGUGACGACGACCAAGGCCAGCUCGAUCAUCGCGCCGUCGAUCCUGCAGAGCUCGAAGGAGCUGCUGAAGGACGCCGGCAAGUUCACGACGUCCAACUUCACGGAGAGCGUCGUGGUGAACUCGGAAUCAGUAUUCGGCGGCGAGGGCGGCGGCGGCAAGGGCGGCCCCGCCUCCACGGCGGCGGCGAAGAAGCGCAAGGCCGACGCCAAGGCGAACAGCGUCGACGACGCGAACAAUGGCGCGCCUUUUUGCAGGGAUCUCAUCAAGGACGUCUCCGUGACGCUCAUCCCGCUCAGCUCCGUGGACAAGCUGGACCUCAGCGAGGUAAAGAAGAUGCGCACUGAGAGCGCGGCCACGUCGUCGCCGGCGGAGGGCGCGGCGCUGCUGACGUCGUCCACGACGACGCUGGCCAUGGCGAAGCAGCUGGGCGGCGGCCAGCCGCUGCUGGCGGCGACGUCGAUCAUCAAGCCGCCCGUGAUCAAGGACGUGGGCGAUUUGGGGCGCGUGCAAUCGGCGGCGUCGCCGUUCGCGGCGGAGCUGCAGGCCAGCACGACCACGCAGAGCAUCCGCGUGUCCGUGCCGCUGUCCACGGCGUCCGUGGCCGGCGUCAGUCUGCCGACGAACAACAACAGCACGGCGACGCUCAUGUCGCCGUCCAUGCCGAGCACCAGCACCGCCGGCAGCCUCUUCCAGCAGGCCAUCCACAACCGCUCCGCCGAGCAGCUGGGCGGCUUCGCCAUGGGCCGCCUCGCCGCCGCGCAGCCGCCGCAGCAGCGCGCCAGCCCGAUUGUGCAGGUUCCGGCGACGCAUCAGAACGUGAUUCUGCAGACGAUGGAGCGCCAGUCGCCGCUGGUGCAGGCGGCCGCGGCGUCGCCGCUGAUGGCGCACGCGCCGGCGCUGGAGCAGGCCGUGCCGCCGGCCAGCGCGGCCGCGGCCAUGCAGAAUCUCUCGCCGCACGUUCACAGCCAGAUUCUGGCCACGAGCGGCGUGGCGGCCGUGCAUCAGAGCGACAGCGGCAUGCUGAAGAUCACGUACGAGAAGCAGCCGCAGCCGCGCGCCACGCCGACGCCGGCGCAGGACGACAGCGCGGCGUCCGGCCGACGAUCGAGUAAGUCGCGCUCGGCGAAGAGACGGCCGGCGGCCAGGGCGUCAUCGGCGGCGGGCGGCGAGAGUUGCGGCUCAUUUUCAAGCACUGAAUCUCCUUUUUCCGUCACAAAUAGUCACACGCCGGCCGGCGGACAGAACCACGGCGGGGAUUUCGCGAGCAGCUUCGAGGCCAAGGUGCGGCCGCGCGGCCCCAUGGACACGCCGCCGCCGCACAGCACGGCGCGCACGCCGGACACGUCGUCGUUCGGCGCCACGAGCUUCGGCGGCUUGAAGUUCUCGUACGAAUCGCAGCCGGGCUCGUCGGCGCCGGCGCCCAAGGACUCGCCGCCCAGCAGUCCCGGCUCCGAGGCGGGCGGCGCGCGCAAGCGCAACCGCAAGAGCGGCCAGGCGGAGGCGAAGGAGCUGAAGAUCUUCCAGAACGGCAUCCACGUGACGCACAUGCUGGGCAAUCAGCUGAAUCCGGCCAGCAGCGUGGCGCAGAAGAUGUCGGAUCAGCUGCACAUGGAGAUCGAGGCGCACAGUGUGUACACCGCGCCGGCCAUGGACACGAGUCCGCAGCUCGUGGGGCCGCCGUUCCCCGGCAAGCCCGCCGUGAAAGCGGCUGCGGCGCAACAAGGUCCGCCGUCGCUCACCACGAUGCUGGGCGCCGGCUCGGGCUCCAGCAGCGGCUCCGGCACCACGCCGCAGAGUCUCGAGCAGCUGCUGGAGCGACAGUGGGAGCAGGGAUCUCAGUUCCUCAUGGAACAGGCGCAGCACUUCGACAUUGCUUCUCUUCUGUCCUGCCUUCAUCAGCUGCAAACGGAGAAUGUGCGCCUGGAGGAGCACGUGAACAAUCUCGUGGCCAGGAGAGAUCAUCUGCUGGCCGUCAACGCGCGCCUCGCCAUUCCGCUCGCCAAUCCCAACGCGCCCAGCAGCCAAGUUCAAUUCAACAGCAUGGCCGUUAACGGACCGACGGACGCUGCUGUUGUGACGCCGGGACGCACGAGUCGAUCGUCGGCCGCCGGACAGACGUUCGGCGUGCAGCCGGCGAGUCAGCAAGCGCCGGCGCCGUCGCAAGCGCCGCUGCAGCAAAUUCCCGUGGAGAACGGCGUGGAUUUCCGACACGCCGCCGUUUCCGCCGUCACAAUCACGCCGCAUCAGCCGCCCAGCGGCGGCAGCGUCAGGCAUUCGCCGGUGACGCAGCCGUUCGUGGGGCAGGCGGCGGCCGGCGUGCGCCAGGCGUCGGGCGGCGGCGGGCAGGAGGCGUCGCGGGCGCGGUGCGCCGGCGGCCAGGCGGGCACCGGCGUGUUCCAGACGCAGCAGACGACGUCGUCCUAUCAGGUAAGCGCGCGCGGCGCGGCGCGGACAGGCGGCUGCAAUUCCGCUGAAGAAACUUGCCUUGUUGCAGCAGCAGACGAUCCGGCGCGACGACGGCCAGGUGAAGCCCAGCUGAAAGCCAGCCGGCGGCGAGGGGCGGCGGCGGCGGCGCGGGGCGGGCAGGCGGCGGCUGCGGGCGGCGGUGCAGCUGACGGGAAGCAUCAUUGGCGUGGAGGAGUGGCGGCGCGCGGCGGCCAGGAUGUGCGGCGCGAUGCGCGUGAACGAGCGGCGCCUGGUGCGCCUCUUGGCGCGCAACAACAACAACAACGUGACGCCGGCCGCCGAGCCGCGUGUGGCGGCGGCGGGCAAAAAUUUGCACAUAAACUUAUCAUCUCGUGUCCAUCGCGCGCCGCCGCCUCGGCCAAGGCUCAGGCAGAGACACAAAUUUUCGGGGCAGAUCGCGCCGUGAGCCGCGGCGCAGCGAUGCGGGGUCAUCGGUGGGUCAGAUCGUAA